AUGGCGUCGCUCCAGAAGAGAAAUGGUGUCGCUCGAGGUAACGUUGAUUGUGAUAUGCUGCGAUUGUCAAUCAUGACCAUGACAGUGUUCGCCAUUGGUUGCAUUACACUGUUGUCGUUGCUUGAUUAUUACAGACUCAUCAAGCCAUCUCUGAGAACAAUCCAUCCAGCAGAAGUGACUCAACAAGAAGAGAAAUGGAGUAUGUCAAGACUUAGUAUCAAGCCAUCUCUGAAGAGAAUCGAUCCAGAAGAAAAGAAAUGGUGUCCCUCAAGACUCAUCAAGCCAUCUCUGAGAAGACUCCAUCCAGCAGAAGAGAAAUGGCGUCGCUCUAGGUGUGUUUAA